UCGGCGCGCGCGGUGCAGGGCUCCUGCCUCCGGUUGUUCGGUUGACGGCUGGCGAAGGGCUGCUCUGUCUCAGCUUUAUUUAGCGAAAGGUUUCACUCGCAGCCUGUCCCUGGGAAGAAUUGAGCCAGGCCGCGAAGUGGCGAUGUGAGGUGCGCCGUCAGCCCCGUGCUCAAAGCAGACAAAGAGGUGUCUGUUUCCAAACAGUUCCUACUGCUAGUGGUGGUGACUAAAUGAUACCUCGGUACUAAAACCUCUUGAGCUGGUAAUGCAACUGACGUUUUGUUGGUACUUUUUACAGGGGACACCGCAAAAGGAUGUUAUAAUAAAACCCGAUGCCCCAAGCAUGUUGCUUUCGGAGAAGCAUGCGGACUAUAUAGCUUCGUAUGGGACAAAGAAAGAUGAUUAUGAAUACUGUAUGUCGGAGUAUUUGAGGAUGAGUGGUGUUUACUGGGGGCUGACAGCAAUGGAUCUCAUGGGGCAGCUGCACCGAAUGAACAAAGAAGAAAUUCUGGCAUUCAUCAAAUCAUGUCAACAUGAAUGUGGUGGAAUAAGUGCCAGCAUAGGUCAUGAUCCUCAUCUUCUCUAUACCCUCAGUGCUGUCCAGAUUCUUAUCUUAUAUGAUAGUCUUCAUGUUGUUGAUGUAAAUAAAAUUGUUGAAUAUAUACAGAACUUGCAAAAAGAAGAUGGAUCAUUUGCUGGAGACAAAUGGGGAGAAAUAGAUACAAGGUUCUCCUUCUGUGCUGUGGCAACUCUUGCACUUCUGGGAAAGCUGGAUGCUAUUGAUGUGGGGAAAGCAGUAGAAUUCGUUUUGUCCUGUAUGAACUUUGAUGGAGGAUUUGGUUGUAGACCAGGUUCCGAAUCACAUGCAGGACAGAUCUAUUGUUGCACAGGAUUUCUGGCUAUAACAGACCAGUUGCAUCAAAUAAAUGUUGACUUGCUGGGUUGGUGGCUUUGUGAACGUCAGCUACCUUCUGGAGGUCUCAACGGACGACCAGAGAAGGUGGAUCCGUUUCACACUUUAUUUGGAAUUGCUGGAUUAUCUUUAUUAGGAGAAGAACAAAUUAAGGCCGUCAAUCCCGUCUUCUGUAUGCCAGAAGAUGUCCUUCGAAGAAUAAACGUACAGCCUGAGCUUGUGAGCUAAGACUUGUAGAGACAAAAGGUUGAUAUACCCAGUUGCUUUGGUUUUACUGAUUUAAGUAAUCUCAUCUCUGAAACUCUUAGCAUAUUCUUUGAGAUGUGUUUACAUUACAAAAGUAAAGCAAUAGCUUUACCGUGGGCUUUGUCACUUUGUAAACUGUAUCAGAACAGGCUUGCUCUAAUAAUCUGAGUGUAACAUGUUCUUUGGUUGUAUAUAAGAGAUAUAGAAACAUUUCUAAUCUGUAUCUAAAUAUAUGGGCCUUUGCAUUUUUUUAAAUAAUCAAGUCAAAGCAAUAGUGUGAAUGCUUAAUUUUGUAUUCCUGUGAUAUCAAUCAUGCUAGCAUCUGUCUUUACACAAGCGUGUUUUGAUGGUGGAUCACACAAAGCACUUUAAAAGAAUAUGAAAAAAAAAAACCCCAAACAAAAACCCUACUUAAGCCAUGCACUUAAUGCCACACACUUGUAUAUUUAAUUCUUCCUGUUUAUGUUUGCCAUCACUUUUAUGUAUUGAGAAAUGAGCUUUUUCUUCUGAUAGUAAUUGAUACCAGUGAAAAAAAAAAUUAUGGUCCCAUUAAGUAUGUAAAUGUCUUCAUUUAUGGAUGAGUCCCUUAGGCAAAAUUUUGCUGAUAUUUGAAAUAGAGCAUAUCUUGAGUAUGUAUAGUGACACUUGCUAACAUUAAGCAUUCUAGAGAAGGUCUCUAUAGGACAGUAACUUGUAACUGAAUAUGAAGUUGAUCCUAAAUUUGUUGCUGGGUUGAAAUCCUGCUUUCGUAGCUUUUAAGACAAUAAUUGCCAACACUUGAUUAUGGUGUAAUUGAGAAUAAAACUAGCCAUGGAAAAUACUUGUUCUCUGAAGGAUGAAGUCCUCUUUGUCUUCACAGAAGCCCUAAAAUUGCCUCUUAAUUUACAUUCCACACACCCUGGCUAAGACUGAAUGGUAUUUCAGUUGAAAUACACAGUAAAAGGUAAUCGUGAAGAGGAGGAAAUCUUUGACUGUACUUAUGCUUGAGGAAGGUCUAAAGUUGUUUCAAACAGUUUUAAAAGCUAGCUGGUUAGUUUUACCCAGCCUAUUCGUGUUAGUAGGGUGUAAGCUAGAACUGGACAAAGUAACUUUUUGGUAGACCUUUACUUGUAGAGAAUUUCAAAGUGAGAAUGUGUCUUUUGAAUGCUCAAGUAUUGCUAAUGAAUUUUUUAAGCCUUCCCUACAGGCUUUCAGAUAAGGUAAAAACCUUAUUCUCUUUAGCUGUCCACUUGCCUGAUGAAUUCUUUGGUCAAAGCCUGGAAUUAAUUUUUUUCAAGGUUUGGAAAAAAGUUACAGUAGGCUUUGUGUUGAGUGUGAGGGAAUGAGAGCACUGAUCAGGUUUUAUCUAACUGUAAAGUUUAACAGAAAUUUAAAAAUAAGUUUUUCUCAUUCCAGGUUACCUUUGCAAGUGCCACUUCUUUUCAUCUAAGGAAACACUGUUCAGUACAUAGGAAUUUGCUGUUUUUUCCAUGUUGUGUAGACAAAAUAGAAUCCUCUUCAGAAUUUCUAGUCUAGUAUAGACUGAGACACCCUGGGAAUUAAUAUGUGGGUGAUACUGCAUGACAGUGUAGAACAUUUCACUGUAGGUUGAAAUCCUAUUAAUAUUAUUGGAGUUUUUCUCUGAAGAAGGUCUGAUCAACUUCAUUUGCUAAGUCAGCUGUGAUUUGUAAAGGUCUUAUAAGAUUAUAGGUUAAAAAAGGGGUGAGUAUGUGCACAAACUAAAAACUUCUUAA